CCCCCCCCCCCCCCCCCCCCCCCCCCCCCCCCCCCCCCCCCCCCCCCCCCCCCCCCCCCCCCCCCCCCCCCCCCCCCCCCCCCCCCCCCCCCCCCCCCCCCCCCCCCCCCCCCCCCCCCCCCCCCCCCCCCCCCCCCCCCCCCCCCCCCCCCCCCCCCCCCCCCCCCCCCCCCCCCCCCCCCCCCCCCCCCCCCCCCCCCCCCCCCCCCCCCCCCCCCCCCCCCCCCCCCCCCCCCCCCCCCCCCCCCCCCCCCCCCCCCCCCCCCCCCCCCCCCCCCCCCCCCCCCCCCCCCCCCCCCCCCCCCCCCCCCCCCCCCCCCCCCCCCCCCCCCCCCCCCCCCCCCCCCCCCCCCCCCCCCCCCCCCCCCCCCCCCCCCCCCCCCCCCCCCCCCGCCCCCCCCCCCCCCCCCCCCCCCCCCCCCCCCCCCCACCCCCCCCCCCCCCCCCCCCCCCCCCCCCCCCCCCCCCCCCCCCCCCCCCCCCCCCCCCCCCCCACCCCCCCCCCCCCCCCCCCCCCCCCCCCCCCCCCCCCCCCCCCCCCCCCCCCCCCCCCCCCCCCCCCCCCCCCCCCCCCCCCCCCCCCCCCCCCCCCCCCCCCCCCCCCCCCCCCCCCCCCCCCCCCCCCCCCCACCCCCCCCCCCCCCCCCCCCCCCCCCCCCCCCCCCCCCCACCCCCCCCCCCCCCCCCCCCCCCCCCCCCCCCCCCCCCCCCCCCCCCCCCCCCCCCCCCCCCCCCCCCCCCCCCCCCCCCCCCCCCCCCCCCCCCCCCCCCCCCCCCCCCCCCCCCCCCCCCCCCCCCCCCCCCCCCCCCCCCCCCCCCCCCCCCCCCCCCCCCCCCCCCCCCCCCCCCCCCCCCCCCCCCCCCCCCCCCCCCCCCCCCCCCCCCCCCCCCCCCCCCCCCCCCCCCCCCCCCCCCCCCCCCCCCCCCCCCCCCCCCCCCCCCCCCCCCCCCCCCCCCCCCCCCCCCCCCCCCCCCCCCCCCCCCCCCCCCCCCCCCCCCCCCCCCCCCCCCCCCCCCCACCCCCCCCCCCCCCCCCCCCCCCCCCCCCCCCCCCCCCCCCCCCCCCCCCCCCCCCCCCCCCCCCCCCCCCCCCCCCCCCCCCCCCCCCCCCCCCCCCCCCCCCCCCCCCCCCCCCCCCCCCCCCCCCCCCCCCCCCCCCCCCCCCCCCCCCCCCCCCCCCCCCCCCCCCCCCCCCCCCCCCCCCCCCCCCCCCCCCCCCCCCCCCCCCCCCCCCCCCCCCCCCCCCCCCCCCCCCCCCCCCCCCCCCCCGCCCCCCCCCCCCCCCCCCCCCCCCCCCCCCCCCCCCCCCCCCCCCCCCCCCCCCCCCCCCCCCCCCCCCCCCCCCCCCCCCCCCCCCCCCCCCCCCCCCCGGCCCGCCCGGUCCACUCGCCCCGGCGGCCCCUGUCCCCUGCGGUCGCCCCCUUCCCGCCCCUCGCCGACCCGAAGUUCCCGGUCCUCCGCUCACGCCGGCGGGCCCCCCCGUCCGGGCCGGGCGUGCUCCUCGGCCCCACCCCUGACCGCCCCCCUCUGGCGACGCCGGGCCCCGCCCCCUCCCUCCCCGGCGCCGGCCCAGUCCCCACUAGCCCCGCGCCCCAGCGGCGUCAUGCAGCCGCCGCCACCCUGGCCCGAGCCCGCCACGGCCCCUGGAUCACGCACCCCCUGACCCACCGUACCGCCGCGCGCCCCAGCCUUGCACACCCCAGCCGCGCCCCGCCGCAGACACCUCCUUCCCCCACCCCCGCACGCCCCCCACGCCCCCCGGCCCGCCCCGACGUACAUCAGCAGUCCUCUCCUGCCUUGCCCACCGCCCGCGCCCGGCCCCGAUCCCCUCCAAUGUCGCCACCGACUGCCCCGUCCGCCUUUCCCUCCCUCUUCGUCUAG